UAACGUCUCUAUGCAGUUUCCGCGGUUAACCCAAAUAGCAUAUGGACAAAAUCAGCAGCAAAAACCUCUGAACAAGCGAAACGCACAAAAAAAUGGCAGAGAAAUUGGCACCUGAAGAACGUCACAGCUUCUUUCAUGGCAGUCAGAAGGUUUUCGAAUGGAAUCAAACCCUAGAUGAGGUGGACAUGUACAUCAAUCUGCCUCCAAACGUCCCUAAGAAGCUUUUCUACUGCAAGAUUCAGUCUAAACACGUCGAAGUUGGCAUUAAAGGCAACCCUCCUUAUCUCAAUCACGUACUCACUUGCCCUGUGAAGAUGGAUUCUUCAUUUUGGACUAUAGAGGAUGAUAUUUUGCAUCUAACUCUGCAGAAGAGGGACAUAGGCCAGACAUGGUCUUCGCCCAUAGAGGGUCAGGGUCAGCUUGAUCCUUAUGGGGCGGAUAUUGAACAGAAGCGCCUUAUGCUUCAGAGAUUUCAAGAGGAGAACCCAGGAUUUGAUUUCUCACAGGCUCAGUUUUCAGGAAACUGUCCAGAUCCAAGGACAUUCAUGGGUGGGAUCAGAUCUGAUUGACAAAUCUUGUAUGCUGUAAUGAACAUUUACAUAUACUAUUUCUCAUCUCGAACCUCUUUUAGAUAGAAAGUUAGAGUUAGCCUUGUGUUAAAACCUUCAUCUUGUGCUCACUACUUAUUUGCCAUUCGUGAAGCAAGCUUUGUAAAUUAUUUUCAAUAUUGCAGUGUUAAUAGCCAGAUGCCUUUCAUAUUUAACAAUAAAUCCUCGUUUUGACAGCGGACAUAAUUUUAUUAUUUUAGAUAAAAUUGUUGGUACCUUGUCUCU